AUUGGUAAACAGAAACCACUAGACCAUGUAAACCAGGCUUAAAACUUGUUUGACAACGCCAAGCUACAGCACGUUUAAGUGCACGGAAAUCUUCAAGCGCAUGUGCAGACAGAUAAAUCAUGUGCUGAGGGAUAUAUAGGACGUUUUGACUACCGGUGUUCCGAAUGAAGGGUUAUAUUAAUGUGACAGUUUAUAAUAAGAUUUCUGGUCAUGGAAAUGAAGUGAUUUCAGUUUUCUCAGAGACCAUGUUGGUGUUGAGAUUGUGUGGGAGAAGUUGGCGGUGUUCUCACUGCGGCAUCAAGUUGCAUCUGCUUAUUGCAGUGUUGAUGUAUACAUUCCUAAUCCCAGAUACUCUUGGAGAUAUAUGUGAUGAGGACGUGACUCUUCUCGACAUGAGGCAGGCCAUACAUCAGUCGGCCAUUCCGCUGGGAGGACCCCAGGCCGGGGUCUAUACAAAGAUUCGCGAUACUGGGUCGGACAUCAAGAAGUGUAUCUUAAGCUGUUGUGAAGUGGAUACGUGCGAUGUGGUGUUUUACCACCAGCAGAAGUGCUAUCAGAUCAGAUGCAACAGAACCUUCCCCGGAGCUUGUAAUCCAGUUUCCAAGACGGAGGCGAAAUUCAACACCACUUUUUAUGUCACCGUCAGAGAUGUUGAAUACGUACAGCCCCCGGUAAAAGCCGAGAAGACUUGUGAAUAUGGAAUCGUCACAGACUGUGGUCCGAACGAGGAAUGUGUUCUCAGACCCGACUCCAAAUCCAGGGUGGGCUUGUGUCUCUGCAUGGAAGGAUUCCAAACCGAUGAACAUGGGGAAUGUGUCGCUAUAGCAACCUCGACCCCAUCUACCACUUUAGGACCCGGCACAUCCAAGAUGGCUGCAGGAAAUAUGUCUGGAGGCCGGGGUGACACAGUGACGGUGCCAGUAGUUCAGAUCAAAUCCACCACGUCAAAAGUAACUAAACUGACGGUGUCAGCUGGGAAGAACAAGGAGAUUCAGCUGCCCAACAAUACGAUCACUCUGUCGGCUUUCGUUGUCCCAGAACAAGUUGAAGGUGAAAGUCCCUACCAAUAUGAGUGGAUCCUCGUUCACUCCCCCGACAUUUCAGAGAAGGGGACAAUGGAUGGCAGGAACACUAAGACUCUCAAGCUGUCAAAGCUGAUUGAGGGUCUGUACACGUUCAAGGUGACCGUGAGUGGAGACAGCAAGUAUGGCGAAGGCUUCGUUAACAUCACCGUUAAAGCACCUGCUAGGAAAAACAAGAAACCAGUGGCCAUCACAAAACCGAAGUCACAAGUGAUACACCUGCCUAAUUCGGCUAUCAUAGAUGGAUCAGACAGCACUGACGACGACAAGAUAGUGAAGUAUCACUGGGAGGAGGAGAGCGGACCGCUACAGAGCAAACAGAUUAUGGGGGAAGAGCAGAUGAUCACACUGAGCAACCUGGCGCCCGGGAACUACACUUUCAAAUUGACUGUCACUGACUCGGAUGGCAAGACAGACUCCACACUGGCUAACGUCACAUUUAUACAAGAUAAGGAUUAUCCCCCGAAGGCCAACGCUGGGUCCGAUGUGAUAAUAAACCUGCCCCAGAUGUCCCUGACGCUGUACGGCAAUGCCAGCACCGACGACAAGGGCAUCGUCAGCUACGAGUGGGUGAAGAAGGCUGAUGACAAGCUCACCGCAGAUAUGACUGGAGUGCGGACCCCGUUUCUGCACCUGGAUCAUCUCGAGGAAGGUGACUACAUGUUCACUCUGAAGGUCAUGGACGCUGCUCGGCAGACCGCAACGGCCGAUGUCCACGUGUUCGUCAAACCAGAGACCAACAGGCCACCGGUUGCCGAGACAGCAGGCCAGAUUGUGGUGUUUCUACCCACUGACAAGAUUGUCCUGGAUGGAAGCAACAGUACGGACAACGUAAAGAUUACCAAGUACUUUUGGGAACAGAUGAGUGGACCAGUCACAUUGACAGUCACUAAGGCAGACAGUGCAGUUGCGAUGACAACUGGAGAGAUUGCCACGGGAGAGUAUGUCUUCAAGCUGACAGUCACUGAUGGUGAAAAGCGGAUUGGAACAGCGCCACUGACCGUGACUGUGAAAGAAAAUCAAAACAAGCCUCCGGUGGCCAAUGCUGGAGGAGACAGGGUCGUUUAUCUCCCCUUGAAGUUCAUCUCACUAGAUGGCUCCAAGUCUGAAGAUGACCGAGAGAUCAUCAGUUACCGGUGGACGAGAGACGAGAAAAGUCUUGCUGCUGGGGAUAUUGUUAACGGCUCUGACCACUCAGCAGUUUUACAGCUGGUUAACAUGAUAACGGGGCGAUACACGUUCGAAUUACGGGUAAUGGACGCCGAGGGGCUGAGUGCUAUCGACACUGCCUCGGUCAUAGUUAAAGAAGACCCGCACGUGAAGGACUUGUUGGAGAUAGUGAUGAACGCUGAUAUCAAACACUUCACUCAGGAGAACAAGGAGAGUUUGGUGAACACACUACAGCUGUUGCUUCACAAGUCGUCAACAGAUGGCAGCACCAUCGUCAACAUCCGGCAGUUGACCCAGGACCCGUCUACUGGAUACCUGCACAUAAUGUUCCUGGUGAAGCUGAAGCUGAAGGAGGACGUGAGGGUGUGGACGGGCGUCGACGUGUUGAAGAUUCUAAAGAAGAAACUCAUCUCCGAGUCGUCCGUCGUCGACUACCCGAUCAUCCGGCUCGACACAGUCGUUUGUCAGAACAACUGUUCGGGACAUGGACACUGUGAUCACCGGUCUAAGCUGUGUGUGUGUGAAGCGUUUUGGAUGCAGAACUUCGUCAAGGCAUUAUUCUUCCAGAAAGAGAGCAACUGUGAUUGGAGUAUUCUUUAUGUUGUGAUUGUCUGCUUUGUUGCCAUAGUAACGAUCGCUGGUGCAGUGUGGGGCAUCAUCUGCUGUCUACGAUCUAAGAGAUGUAGGUUAAAGAGUCGGAAGAGACACCGGUAUUCCUUGUUAAGAGAGGAAUCGGAUGACGAAGACAAACAUAAAUUAGAGCUGAUGCCAAAAGGCAAAUUUCAGAAUAGCAGCGUCAUGAUUUCCGAGUCGGACUUUAGCAGUGAGGAAGAAACAUUGUUCAUUAAUCAUAAAAAGACGAAUGGACAUAUAUCGAAACCACUGAAUGGACUGUCAAAACAACACUUCCGAACUAAAUUAAAAACAUAACGGUUACCACGGCUGGGCAUAAAGGCAAAUAAAACAAAAAAACAAAAGUAUUAACAAUGGAUCUACAACCAGCGAGUGUUCUCUGGAAAUCCCUCCCUUAUUCUAGGAGCAUCACAGAUGAUAAAUUAUAUUUUCUUGUUGACCUCGUUAAAGGUGUUUUAAUGUGUAAAUAUGAUAUCGGCAAACUAUACUACAGAGUGUUUCAUAUGUGCUACAAGUAACAACAUGUGGAAUUAAAAGACGGAUUUGAGAAUUAACCACCUUGGUUUAAGAACUGUUUGUUUCUGCUAAAUAAUUAAAAGGAAACCGGAUAACAGAAAUGAUAUAUGUUUAUGCUCUUCAAACAAUUGAAACCCACAGAUUUGAAAUAAUAGCAGAAUGCAGGGGAACGAGAAGGAAGAGGAUAAAAGAAAGAGUUUAAGAUUGAUACUCAAAUGUUUUCUGUGACUAAAAAACCCAACAAACAGCAAAGUUUAUAUUUUUAUCUCUUGACCAUAGAAAACAAACAAAUGGGGCCGAAUUUACAAAGUCUUGUAUUUUUUUUCUUAAACACAGGUGUUUAAGUAUUGUAAAUAUAUGUAGUUACAUGUGUGUAAGACUUUAUUCAGGCUUUGUAAAUUCGGCGCAUAAUGUCUGCUGAAUGUAGAAAAUGAAAUCAGUGGAGAGUUACAAUUGACAAUCUUAUGUGAAUAUUUUACAUUGGUGUCAGAAGAGUAUGGUAACUACAUUAAUGUACCAGUAUCCAAGAAGGUACAAGCACGCCCAUCCAGGCUGAAUCUUUGACUUCGUAAAUGACUAAGUCCUGGACAGGAGUGGGAACCGGAAGAUGACUGACAGUGGUGAAACCAGGUGUAUGUUAAUUUGAUUUUUAACUUAUGAGGAUGAGGAGCAAUACAUUAUCUUGACUGAUGGGAGGGGGAGGGGGGUGGCAUUUCUUAGUGCCCCCUCCCCCCACUUCGAUGUGAAUGCUUGCUAGUGAUUACUGGUGGGGGUGAAUGAAAUGUGAAUGUGAAAGAAUCAGCGAGGAUUGAGCCCUAAAUCAGAAUGUCUUAAUAAACACUGAUGUACAAAUUUAAGAUAUGGAUUUCGUGUGACAGCAAUUCUUGAUUCUGUGUGUGUAUCCUGUUUGUUGGAAGCAGCUAGUAUUCACAUGACAAGAAUUAUUCUCAAUGGUUGUGGAUUAAGAUAUUAAAACUUGCGUGAUUCUUUGUGGAAAAUGAGUCUGGAAAUGGGGCCAACUAAGUGCAGCCCAGAGUGGAAAAUCCACUUCCUUGGAAAUGCAGCUUGUAAAUAUGAAGUGAUUACACGAAUUGAUGUUUUUUUACAGUCAGGCUAGACAUUGUUUCAAUUAUAUUCCAGUUAUUUGAAUGUUAUUCUCAUAAGAAAUCUGGUGUUUUGAAUAUUUAUUUCAGGGAAAUUGUGUGUUAAAAUGUUUUUCAUUCCUAUUUUGCAUUCUUACUGGUAAUGAGGGUAAGAAGUAGACCUGUUAUUUUUAGAGUGGAAUGCGAACCUACAGGAAAAGAAAUAAAGAAGAUAGUUCAAGAGAGACAACUGCAGUGGACUGAAAAGGAAUUAUGCUGCAUCAAGGGAGAUAAUCAAUCAGUUACUACUGGACUGCAGUAGAUUGAACCAAUUCAUCAGUAGAGAAUGGUCAUUGCUGGAUAUUUUUGUUUAUAUACCGGUACUUUUAUCAAAUAUGAAAAAUUCUUCAAAGGGAAAUAACUGCAAUGCAAGAAUCGGGAAGACAUUUGAAUUUCCAAAUACCAUAACUGCAAAAAAUGUUAUUGUUGCAUGACAUAUAAUUGUUUAAUCUUCAAAUUAGUAUGUACAUGUAAAUUAAAGUCCGAUGCUUUUGUCGACUGAAAUGACGAUGCUUUUUUUCAUCAAAUGCAAGAAAAGUUGCAGUUACAGUUCGUUAUGUAUACAUGAUUAUGCUUUCUGUUUUUAUUUAUCUAUUUUGUUUUGCUCAAAUUACAUUAUUUUUUUUGUGAAUCAUUUGUAAUGGACCAUACUAAACCUGAAAUAAGAGGGGUUUGCGGUAAAUAAAGUUUUCUUUUUCUCUUUUUUUUCAGUUAGAUUCUUACUCCAUCCCAUGCUC